CAGCCAAACCCCCCAAACCCCUCGGAAAUCCCCCCCGCUCUCUCAAACUCGCUCUCUCUGUCUCCCCCUUCUCCCUCACCAAAUCCCCUCCUCCUCCUCCGCCGCAGCAUUGCGGCGUACGGAUCGGCCGGCCUCAUCGGCCGCUGCGGCGCGCGCCGGCCGUCUCGGUCGCGAGGCGGGUGGGGCGGCGGCAUGGGGAAGCGCAGGGGGAGGCGGAGGAGGUGCUCCGGGAAGCGCCGCGGCGGCGAUGCGGAUGGAGGCGGGGGCGGGAAGCGGCGGCGGGAGGGGGAGAGUGAGGAGGACUACUGCUUCGCCUGCAAGGACGGCGGCCUCCUCCGCUUCUGCGACCACAGGAACUGCCACAAGGCUUACCAUCCUGAGUGCGUGGAUAAGGAUGACAGCUUCCUCAAUUCAGACGAACAAUUCAUUUGCAAUUGGCAUACAUGUUUUAUCUGCAAAGGGCGUUCAUACUACCGAUGCUUUUGUUGUCCGGAUCACUCUGUUUGUCGUAGUUGUGUGAAACAAGCAGAAUUUGUCCCAGUCAUGAGGCAAACAAUGGGAUUUUGCAACAACUGUUUGAGGAUGGCAAUCAUGAUUGAGAAGAACGUCGAUGUUGACUCUGAUGGGGAGAGGGUUGAUUUCAGUGACAGGGAGACAUAUGAAUUUUUGUUCAAGGAUUACUGGGACAUAAUUAGAGAAAAAGAAGGGUUGACAUUGGAUAAUAUGCGAGAAGCCUAUACUCUUCUCAGAAGUGGCUUAAACUGUAAUGAACUAUCAGAUAUGGAGAAACUUCCAAAUAGUGAGCAGAGUUCAGAUGAUGAUUUCUUGGGCAAUAGUGAUGACGACGAUGAGCCAGUUUAUCCAUCUGUUUCAAAUGGAACAUCAAAUAAAGUGAAAACCAUACUGAAGGAAGGAAAAACAAAGAAACAGGUUUAUGUGGGAUGGGGUUCAAUAGAACUUAUUGGAUUCAUGUCAUCAAUAGGCAAAGAUACAUCAAAACCUCUAGAUCAAUUUGGUGCUGCUGAAGUUGUGAAGCAGUACAUUCGGCAAAACGAUCUUUUGCAGAAAGAUAAGAAAAAACAGGUCAUUUGUGAUGGCAAGCUUUGGUCUCUGUUUAGGAAAUCAAAACUGAAAUAUAACAAGAUAUAUAGCUUGUUGGAAAAGCAUAUUGCUGAAAAUAUCACACCCGAGGAUGAAUCACUUGAUAGUUCCGAGGACAAUACUGAUUCAAUUAUGGAAAGGAAAAGUCGGAUCAUGAACUCUGAAUUGAGUACUCCAGAAGAGGUGUCUGAAAGAUACAGGAGAUGCUUUGCUUCUCUUGUCCGUGAAAACAUUAAAUUAAUCUAUUUGAGGAGAACUUUAGUUAUUGAUCUGCUAAAGCAACCGGAUACGUUUGAAUGUAAAGUUAUUGGCUGUUUUGUUAGAGUAAAGAAUGACCCCAGAGAGUAUAGUCGCCACAAGCCUCAAAAACUAUACCAGCUUGGACAGGUGACAGGCAUUAGGAAAUCCUCGGAAGAAUACAAGAUAAGGGACAUAUCUACAGAUAUCCUUUUAUGUAUUUCCGACAUGUGGUCUGAUGUCAAAAUUUCAGUGUUGUCAGAUGAAGACUUUGAGGAGGAAGAAUGUGAAGAUCUUCGUUCAUUGUCCCGGAAAGAACCUUCUAAAAGGCAAACUGUUGCUGAGUUUGAGGAGAAAGCGAGAAGUAUGCAUGCAGACAUAAUGAGUCAUUGGAUCAACAAGGAACUUCAGAGACUGGAAAAAUUGAUUGAAAUGGCAAAUGAGAAAGGUUGGCGUGCUGAGAUGCACGAAUACAUUGACAAAAGAAAGCUACUACGAACACCAUCAGAAAGGCAACGUCUUCUUGAAGAAGUCCCGCGAAUUAUUCCAGAUGUAGAGGAUAGUAAGGACUCUGGAUUUCUAGUUAUGGCAGCAAACAAAUCUUCUCAAAGGAAUACAGGUAUACCCUGUGAUUUUUCUGUAGGUACCAACAGCAACAAGGAUAGAGUUGAUUGCUUGAAAAGUUGUUCAGGAGAAAAACUUAAAGGGAACAAAAGGGACAUACCUUUGUGUUCGGAAAGUUUCUCAGAAGAAAAACAUGAAGGUAGCAAAGGCGAUGCUGAUGCACCUGGAACGUGUUUAGAAAAGGUCAUCACUAAAGCUAUUGAAGUCAAUCCUCCUGGUGAUAUGCCAAGAUCACAUGUUCAAAACCAUGGCACUAAAGCUACUGCAGCUGUCAACCCAGGUCAAGUUAUUGACAUUGAUGACGGUGAAGAUGAUCUGCAUGGUAAAAGUGGAGACAUGACUGUUGAUCUGGAUUCUGAUGGAAGUGAGGACCAUGGUACGAGACAACAUGAAGCUAAGCCUAAAUUAUGCAGUGGUCAGAAAGCUGUCGAAGCGAAGGAAGAAAUCUCAGAGCACGCAAGUGUCUGGUAUUACAAUGAUCCUCAAGGUGACGAACAGGGGCCAUUUCCGCUGCGGAUUCUGCGUCACUGGUCGAAAGCUGGAUACUUCAAGGAAGAUUUUAGAGUCUGGAGAACAGGCCAAUCUUGUGACUCUGCCAUCUUGCUCAAAGAUGCUUUGCUGCUGACAAGUUAGCACUAAUCAGGAGCCUCACUGUUUAACCAACUAUAUGUCUACUAGAUGUAUCUACAUAUAUGGCAGAAUGCAGGAGGGCCUCAAUUCUUGUGACAUAUUGCCCCUCUGUAGUAUUGUGGGGGAGGCCAGUCAGGCGGUGUAUGUAUAUAUUUGUCUGACACUAGAAUGCCUUAGCCAAUUUUUGGAUCCCAGGCACCGUGCCUUUUGGCCUUCGGAUGUAUUCUGUGCCCAUCAGCUACCUGUGUUUAUGCUACAACAAGCAAAGUACUUGGGAUAUUUGCAAGUUGUAACAGGUCUUAUAUUUGUAUGUGUUUAUGCA